UAGAUGGAGCAUGCACAUAACGUGACAGAAUUUAUCCUCUUGGGACUUGCACUCAGUCCAGAGUUAGAACAUGUGUGUUUUCUGUUGUUUCUAUGCUUCUACACAAUUAUCAUGCUCGGGAAUCUCCUCAUCAUUGUCACUGUAAAGAGCAGUAAAAGCCUAAACUCCCCAAUGUAUUUCUUCCUGAGCUACCUGUCCUUGGUGGAUAUAUGCUAUUCUUCUGUCACAGCCCCAAAACUCAUUGCAGACUUCCUUUUUGAGAAGAAAACUAUAUCCUUCAAGAGUUGUAUGGCACAGUUGUUCUGGUUUCAUUUCUUUGGCUGCACUGAGAUUUUCCUCCUCACAAUGAUGGCAUAUGAUCGCUUUGUGGCAAUCUGUAAACCUCUCCAUUACAUGACCAUCAUGACACGAAGUGUGUGCAGUUUCCUAGUAGCAGUGUCAUGGGUUGGGGGCUUUGUGCAUUCCAUGAUACAGACUCUCCUGACCGCUCAGCUCCCCUUCUGUGGGCCCAGUGAAAUAGAUCACUAUUUCUGUGAUGUGCACCCUUUGAUGAAACUAGCCUGUAGUGACACUUACAUAGUUGUCAUCAUGGUUGUUACUAAUAGUGGGAUGAUUUCCCUGAGUUGUUUCUUUCUCCUACUUAUAUCCUACAUUGUCAUCUUACUCUCUUUGCGAACUCACUCUUCUGAAGGACGGGCCAAAGCUCUUUCCACCUGUGCAUCCCACAUCACUGUUGUGAUUUUAUUUUUUGGGCCAUGUAUCUUCAUCUAUUUACGACCUUCUGCCACCUUCUCGGAGGAUAAGAUGAUUGCUGUGUUCUACACCAUUAUCACCCCCAUGCUGAAUCCGCUGAUCUACACCCUCAGAAAUGAGGAGGUGAAAAAUGCAAUGAGAAAACUGGGGAGCAGAAAAGUGACUUUGAUAGAAAAAUGA